AUGGAGGGGAUGGGUGUAUAGCAUUAAGAGAAUGUGCAUAUUUUAUAGUUUGGCUUUAUAUANGAAGUAAUUAAGGGAUCAUAUGAUGAAAAAUGUGAUAUUUGGUCUUUGGGGGUCUUGCUAUUUACAUUACUAUCUGGCCAUUUGCCAUUUCAUGGAGAAACAAAAGAGGAAUUAUAUGACAACAUUUAAAAAGCAAAUGUAACACUUAUAUAUUAAAUAAAGAUUUCAUUUACUUCAACUAUUUGGUCCCAUAUUAGUAGUGAGGCUAAGGAUUUGAUUAAAAAAAUGCUUUCAAAGUAACCUGGAUUAAGACCGAAUUCAAAGGAAGUUCUUAAGCAUAGUUGGUUCAAAAAAUAGUUUAAGAAUGAAGAGAAAAAUUCGACAUUAUUAAACAAUUCUCUCACUUCAAGCAUUACUGAAAAUAGAUCAAUUUAUUCAUUAUUAAAAUAAAAUUAAGGAGGAGCUAAAUUUAAAAAAGAAGUUAAAACCCUAUUAAUUAAUUAACUCAGUGAAGCAGAAUUAAAUUAGUUAAAAGAAAUAUUUAAGAAAAUAGAUGUUGAUAAUUCUGGAACUAUUACUUUUUAAGAAUUGAAAUAAGCUUUAUAGGCUGAAGUAUAAAUUCUAUAUAGAAUUACUUAAGGGUUCUCCAGCCACCUUUGAAGAUAUAGAGAAAUUAAUUAAUAAUGGUGGUCCUCCAAUAUCGCAUGAGGAAGUAGGAAAAAAGAAAAAAGAGUUUGUAAUUAAAUAUAGUCAAUUCUUGGCUUCUUGCAUAGAUGAAAGAAAGUUUAUAACUAAAGAAAAAGUAUAAGCUUCAUUUUAUAAAUAGUUAUCUUCUUUAUUUAAAAUAUUUGACACUGACAAUUCAAAUUUUAUUACCAAAUAAAAUAUUAAAGAAGCAUUUGCAAGAAAUGGAAAGUAAAUAUCUGAUCAAAAAAUUGAUGAAAUGAUUGCUGAAAUUGAUCCAAAUCAUGAUAAUAAAAUAAGUUUUGAAGAGUUUUGUUAAAUGUUUGAUAAUGCAGGUGUAAAUAAAAACUUCACAGAAGAAGGAAGUAUUUAUGCAUGA